AAACGUACGUCUACAACCGACAAGCAGAAAAAAAUCUAUAAAGGAUGUCUAAGUUGUUUCAAUAUCAUACGUUUCAGGAAAAAGCAUAGUAAGAAGCAACACAAAUCUGUGAAAGCUAAGGAUGUGGUUGAGCCGGUAGUACAAAAACAUGAUGAAGAGAAGACGAACACGGUAUGGACAUCUGGAUACAUCGAACCUGACUAUCUCUCCACUAAUUCUGGUUUCUAUGGAAAACUUGGGGAAGGUGAUUCUUCUUCAUCGUUGAAAAAUGAUUUCAACAAAGUGAAGACUUUUGAUUUACGAGGAGUGACAACAACAAAGGAGAAGUAAAUGACGAGGAUGUGAUUUAGCUUGAGAUGUAAUGUCUUGUCCUUCAUGUUUAAACUUUUUUUUUUUGCAAAAACAAGGUUUUGCUUUCUUAUUCCGUUUGAUCUACAGACUGCAUGAUCUGCACCAUCUAUACUGCUUUUACCAUUUAAACACUAAAUUUUUUUUUUUUUUUUUUUGCUAAAUUGUAAAUAUCAUAUAAAUGAAAGAAAGAUUUUACACAAGCAAGAUAUUAAGUUUGAACACAUCUUGGCAAAAAAGAAUAAAAACAAGAUGGAUCAACCACAUCCAAACAGUUGGAUACAAAGCCACUUAAAACUCUAUCUAAUCCAUAAAGCCAUAAGUGAGCUAAAAUGUUUCUUGGUUCUUCUCAAGGAGAUUAAAUUCCUCAACUCCCUGUCAAGAGAAAUGAAGACGGUUGCAGGAGACAGGGCAGUAGCAUUGUGAAUCAGGUUAUUCCUCUGUUUCCAUACAUGAAAGAUCACCGCUUGAGAAGCCAGCUUCCUUAGCAGGACCUUCCUCUUCGACGUAGCUGUUCGGAUCCAGGAUAGGAGCUCGGACCAGUCCGCAAACAACCGCGAGGGAGGGUUGCAUCUAGCGAAUACCUGAGACCAUAUAUCGCCGGUAUAUAGACAUGAGAUAAAUAAGUGAUCACGCGUUUCCGGAUGAGCUGCGCAGAGAGGGCACGUCGCUGGAACGAGACAAAUGUAGGGAAAGAGUGGUUGGAACGAGAAGUGGACGUGACUAACUUCUGUCUUCAUCGGUCUCCUCCGUUCGUGUCUUCUUUUUUUCAAACUAGAGAAACCUAGUUACAAACAUAAAGGAUCUUAUUUGAUUGGGAAAAAAAAUCUGAUAGGACUGCCUAACAUUGAAAGGGAGAAUUCACGUCACUCUUUUUCCUUUAGGAUAAUAUUUUUUUCUACUUCGUCAAGUUGUUAUUUAUUAAAAAUUUAAAGUGUAUAAUCUGCUACUCUAAUUUAUUUCCCUCUACGUAUGCAGAUGUAGAAAAUACGCAAAGGCAUAUAAAUGUUGGAUCUAGAGAGCAUCUUUCCAAAUAAAUGUUGGAGUAUAAUAUAUAUAUGAUCACUUGAAAAAGGAAUAAAGGAUCAUGACAUGCUGGAAAGUUUCAUUUAAUCAAGCAAAGCGAUGUUACAAAAAAAAAAAAAAAAAAAAAAAAAAAAAAAAAA